AGUCAGUGUGUUUCAAUUGCAACAGCUGCAUCGGUGAUGUCGUACCGGAAGAGCUCCGAGUAUGGCGUCCUCUUGACUACGCUCUCGCAAAACAAGCAGGCUCCAAAGUGGUCAAUGGGAGGACGCAGCCCAACUGGACGCCGGCCAAGCACGCCGGGGCCAGGGGCAUACAGCAACCAAAGUGGGAAGAGGACGCCUUCGUAUGGCUUCGGGAGUUCUGGCCGCGAUGGACCUGCUCGCAGUAGUAGUGUUGUUGCUUCGCCGGGGCCUGGUGCCUACGGCACUCAGGCUGGCCGGCCCCGCUCGGCGGGGCCCGCCUUUGGGCACGCGCGGCGCGGGUGGGGACGCCGAGAUCUCCAGGGCCCUGGUGCCUAUGUGCCAAACUACAAAGCCACAAGGUUUGAGCCACCGCGACAUACCUGCACUCCACGGAGGGAGGGAGUAAGACCUGGUGGAGGACCUGUAUUGGGGACUCCGGGCCCUGGCACCUACGGUGGCUACAGUGGCUACGGUGGAGAGUGCGACAGCCCUGUCUCAAAGGCAGCCCCACGCUGGGGGUUUGGCAGCAGCAAUCGCGGCGUCCACACUUGUGGCCAAAGCCCUGGACCCGGUCAAUAUGACCUGCGUUCACUGCUGCCAGGCCCCAAAUUUUCAAUUCGAUGCCGAAACGACGUCUUUGAGUCUGGCAGCAUGAUCGUCCCCAGUCCUGGACCUGGGUCCUUUGGCGGCUUGUACACCCAAUUUGGCUAUUGAUCGCCCAGGACCCAAAAGCACAUGCACAGCGGAGUGACAGCCGAAGAGAGCUGGCGACAGGAAGACGGGGACCAAUUAAGGUUCAGAC